GGUCAAAUUGUGGAAUAAGUGUGAUAGUAGAAAGGUCUUAUCAGUACCUGCGUUCCAUUGUUCGAUUGCCUAGUAUAUCUAUAUAUUACAAUUUAAUCAUAACAUGCGGGGUUUGCUUUUACACGUCUUGUGUCUGAAUUGGGCGAUACUCGGGUGGGCGGAGCAGGACGACAGAGACCGUCGUCUGUUGUUAAGCGAUCCGCAGAUGAUCCAAGCACAGCUAGAGGCAAUGCAGAGGCGGAUCCAGGCGCUGGAGACCCAGGCCACUGUUAGACAGACAGGAAGUGGAGCUGUAUACACAAUCUGGGGAAGAAGAAGCUGCCCACUGGUCAACGGUACUACCACCCUGUACACAGGCAUAACAAGUGGCAAAAUGUAUAAUAUGAAGGGAAGUGGCGUCACAACGUUGUGUUUGCCUCACGAUCCCGAUUCACUUCCGGUAUCGUUCCAUUCCCCCGAUGACCCUUACACAGCGUUCAUAUUCGGGUCGGAGUUUGAAAUGAACUAUAAAAACGUUGCCGACAACGAUGAUGUACCAUGCGCUGUUUGUCAUGCACAAACCUCAACUUCCGCUCUAAUGAUUCCAGCAAAACUCACGUGCCCGCAAAACUGGAAACUGCAGUAUAGCGGGUUUAUGGCGGCAGAAAGAUAUGACUACUUUGCGUCUGAUUUUAUUUGUGUUGAUUUGAACCCCGAGUAUAUAGAGGGAACGCGGGCUGUCAACGCGGACGGCAGACUGAUUCACCCUGUUAAAGCCAGAUGCGGUUCUCUCCCGUGUCCCCCAUACAAGGACAAACAGUAUGUCUCGUGUGUCGUUUGUACAAAUUAAACAGAUGUUGUGAAUUCACUGUCAGACUUUGUCUUGUAUUCAAGUAAUUAUACUAUGUUUCAUAAAUUGAUGGAUUAAAGUAUAUAAAUAAA